CGGCCGGCGGGACUUAAAAAAUCAACAACUCCAAGAAAUAAAGCUAAAAGUCAUGCAUUUCAUAAUCAUAUUUGAUUAGCAGUUCGACAAUAGACUAGAUCUACUUUUUUGUACCAGUGUCGACCAAUUGAGCUUAGGAUGUUGAGCUAGCUAGCUGAGAAUGAAGAAGUAGAACAGAUUAUUUUUCCACAACAAGUUGCUGCUCCGCUUACAACAACAGACACCAGUGACUGUGGCACUGCCUCCACGGCUCCAAGAAGAGUCCAGGCUCCACGGCACUGGCUCCAGACCAGAGUCCAGGACCAGGCGCUCCCGAUCCGGCCAGCAUACCACGUUGUUCUCUUUGGUGAGGGUACUACUAAUAGAGACUACAGGAAUUGAGAAAACAACAGAUUGCGAUGGCAGGUCCAGGUGAGAUUUAUUCUGUUCCAGAUUUGUAUUGCUUUGAAGAUUUGCCAAAUUUUGAGCAUGAGACAAACAGCCACCUUUAUGAUGACUCAACAUCUACUAAAGAUAGCCAUGCUGAUCUGAGCAUGGAUUCAGCUUUACAAUGUGCCGUCUGUUCUAGUGUUCUUUGCAAUGAUCGUCAUAUCGAAUCAUCUACUCAACUACCAGGCACCCCUUGCUCACAAUGGGAUCCAAAUGGCAAUGUAAGUUACCAUGAUGUCUGGUGUGAUGAUGAUUCUUGGAAGUUUUCAUCCAGUGAACAAGAGGAUUCUCAGGUCACCCAGAGCAGCACAUUGUCUUCAAGUACACCUUCAUGUGCAGGAGAACCACAUACUGCUACGGAUAUUGAAGGUGCCCUACACCAAGUUGAAAGUAGUGGUGGAAGUCUUCAUGAUGCUGCUGAGUCAGAAAGUGUGUCAUCUGAAAACCUUGCUGAAAUGUCCGAUGAAGAUAUAUUUGCUGUAAGCCCUUCUGUCACUCAAGUUUCGUGGCCUGAUAGAUUUGAUAUUGAAGAUUUUGCUACAUGGGAGUUGUCUCAGAUAAGCCCACUAUCCAGUCAGUCAAGUGCACUUCUAGCAGAUGAACUUGAAGACUCUCAACUAGUCCCAAAUCUGCAGACAAUUCUGCAGAAUCACAGGCAUUCAGCUGGUGAUCAGGUAGCUGGUGCAGUAGAAAUAGAAGGCAAUACAGAAAAUGAAGAUGGGCAGAGAAAUGAGCUCAUCUUUAAUACAACAUGUGCAGCCACAGAACAAGUCGUACCAGACUGGCACACAGAAGAAUGAUUUCAAUUUAAUCAAUAUUUGUGUAAAUUACAUAUAGCCCCCCCCCCAAAAAAAAA